AUGCUGUAUUGCAAGUGCACAAUGCAGAGCUCACCCUGGAAGUGUAGCUGUGCUGUCCUCACCUUCUUCUUUAUCACAGGGGUCCAGCUCAGGCCAAUAUGGGAACAAGAGAAAAGGGUGCAGCUGGAAGCAGUGAAGAGAGGGAUUUUAGAUCGACUGGGUUUUCACAAACCACCCAUUAUCAGGGAGAAAAUGAGCCAGGAUGAAAUUAGAAAAUUACAAUUGCUAUAUCAAAAAACCAUUAUGGAACUUAGGGGUAAUGUAAGCAAUGAGGCAACUCAUGAGAGGAAAGUACAUCUGCUGACUGCCAAACUAGAACAUAACCCAAAGACAGCAAGGAAAUACAACAAGCAUGGGAGCAACAGUCGCAGAUACAACCUUGUGUUCUCCAGGACUCAGACAUUCCACCAGGAGUUGAAAGUCAUGAGGGCUGAACUCAAACUCUGCAAAGACAUCCUUGCUGCAUUGAGAUCCUCUGUAAUCAAUUCAACAACUCAAGCAAUGGUAAAUAUUUAUAAUGUGCUGGAAUCCAGCCAGACCAAUGGAAAAGAAGAACAUAAACUACUUGAUUCCAAACCUAUAGAUCACGAGACAUUAACUCUGAAUGUGGAAUCUGCUGUGCAGCAGUGGGUGGCAAGUUCUGAGAAAUGUCUUCGACUUGAAUUAGUUAUACCUUUGGACAUCCCUUUUGUUAGAGAUAAUAGCCAACAAAAUCAAGGAGAUGAUGCACUUGUUCUUGAAGUGGAGACUCAAGAGAAAAUACCCUCCAACCUAAGGAAGACCAGAUCAGUUUCUGCAGAUGAAGAGUGUAAGAAGAGUGAGAAAAAGUGCUGUCGCAAGUCUUUGCAGGUCUCUUUUAAAGAGAUUGGUUGGUCAGAUUGGAUUAUAAUUCCAGAAACAUACACAAUGCAUUUUUGUGAUGGGUCUUGCCCGCACAACUAUAAGCCAGCUAGCAUGCAUGCUCAGAUCAAAUCCAGGAUGCACCAUCUCUCUAACGGGGCCACACCAGCUCCAUGCUGUGUUCCAGCAAGCUAUGAACCUAUGGUACUUAUGCAUUACAAUACUGAAGGACAAUUGACAGUAACUCAUUUUGAUGACAUGAUUGUUACAAAGUGCCACUGUGCCUAA